AGAUCUCAGCCACAAAAACUCGUCGUUCGUAUUCGUUGUCUGUAUUCCUUUUCCACCUGAAAAAUCUUCUAUCAAUUCGCCAAAACCAUUUCUUCGUAAAUCGAAAUAAAACAUAUUUUACCUCAAAUUAUAUCUCGUUUUACCCAAUACAUACAAUCAAGAGAAAGAGAGCAGAAGAAGAUCAGCCAAAACCAGAGAGUAAGCAACAGAAGAAAAAUGGCAACGAUUUCUAGCUUUUCGACAUUACGAAAGACGCCCCAAAUUCAAUGCAGAAAAAAAGAGAAAGAGAGAGGGGGUCAAAACAAUUACCCCUAUAAAGUCAUUGAAAUUACUCCUCCACCAAAGAAUCUUGGCAUUCGUUGCUUUCCCUCUAAUUUGCAGUGCGGGGAGAGUGUGACAAUUGAAGGCCGAACUUAUACAGUUUCAUCUGUAACUCAUCGUUACCAGCUCCGAAAAGGAAAGUACGAACCUAGCGAGAAAAGGCUUGACGUAUUGUCAACUGGAAGAUACAUAGUAAAUUUGUAUUUGGAAAAUUUGCUUCAACAAUCUUGAUAUUUGUUUUCGUUGGAGAUGGGUUUUAUGUACAUUGUCGUGAAAAAGUGAAACGGAACUCAUUAGUUAAUGUGUAAUAAAUUAUUUAGGUAGUUACAUAUUUUAUUGGGUAUUU